UUGCGUCUCCCGUUACCCUACCUCAACUUCAAAACUUUCCGCAUCGUCCUUGCCGACUGUGUAUCGCAAAUUCCAAACAUCGCGCCGCUCGCUGAAGGACUCUACUCCUCCUCCGUAGCUUCAAUUUUUGCGAUUGCUCCCGCACCGAAUCACCUCACACAUCUUCCGGUCGACCCGGUUCUCGUCGUCCCCUUGCCCGCGCAAGCCUGUACGUCCUACGAGGGGGAAAAAAAGGACACCGAGACAAUCGGCGACGCGAUACCUUGGGUCAAGCUCGACGAGAGCUUCCCUCCGCCACACACGCUGGCGUCCACGACCAUCCCGUCGCCCCCCUCCCCCGCUGUCAAUCUGGCGGCUCUUCAGCCUAAGCCCUACGGCGAAGCAUCUGACGCUGCGGCCGCAAUGGCCCAGCCCAAUGCAGAGCCCGUCGAGGAUUAUGACUAUGAAUCGCUGCCUCCCAACUUCUCCCUGGUCCAGAACAUGGCCGCCGGGGCGUUUGCCGGCAUAGCUGAGCACACAGUCAUGUAUCCUAUCGACGCAAUCAAGACCCGAAUGCAGGUCCUGAACCCCAACCCCGGUGCGGUCUAUAAUGGCGUUAUCCAGGGUACUUAUCGCAUAGCCAGCCGCGAAGGUGUUCUCAGCCUGUGGAGAGGCAUGUCCAGCGUUGUUGCUGGCGCUGGUCCCGCUCACGCCGUCUACUUUGCUACAUACGAAGCUGUCAAGCAUGUAAUGGGCGGAAAUCAAGCAGGUGUUCACCACCCUCUUGCCGCUGCAACCAGUGGUGCAUGUGCUACUAUUGCUAGUGAUGCGCUGAUGAACCCCUUCGAUGUCAUCAAGCAGCGCAUGCAAAUCCAGGGCUCUGCCAAAAUGUACCGCUCCAUGACCGACUGCGCCAAGUACGUCUACAAGACCGAAGGAUUGGCGGCUUUCUACGUCUCCUACCCUACGACACUCUCCAUGACGGUGCCCUUCACCGCCCUCCAGUUCCUCGCCUACGAGUCCAUCUCAACGGCGAUGAAUCCCAGCAAGAAGUACGACCCGACAACGCACUGCUUGGCUGGUGCAGUCGCCGGUGGCUUUGCUGCCGCCUUGACCACACCCAUGGAUGUUAUCAAGACCAUGCUCCAGACCCGUGGAACUGCAACAGAUCCCGCGUUGAGGAAUGUCAAUGGUUUCAUGGCUGGGUGCCGGUUACUCUACGAGCGUGAGGGUUUCAGAGGAUUCUUCAAGGGCGUGCGCCCGCGUGUGGUGACCACCAUGCCCAGUACGGCCAUUUGCUGGUCUGCUUACGAGGCCUCCAAGGCCUACUUCAUCGCACAAAACAACAUUUCGCCUUGA